UCUCCACCCCACCAUCAGCCUAUAUAAAGAAUAUCCUCGUUCAUGGACUUUAUUAUCACGACACAACUAGUCAACAUAGACAGUAACCCUAACGGCCGUCUGCCCCCGGGGAGAGCAACCAGAUAAUAAAAACGGAUAGAGACUAAUUACAAUUAAUUGACAAUGCAAACGCAGCUAUUAAACUAGUCAUUCUCAUUUUAACGAUUCAGUUAUCAAGUUAUAACGUUCUAAUGAAGAUGAAGUGAAGAGGCAGAACAACACCCCGUCUCUACAAACCUUCCAAACUCAGACACCUGUUUCAGACAGGCACGCGACAAUGUAUCGGUCCACAAAAGGAGCAUCGAAGGCUCGGAGGGACCAAAUCAACGCAGAGAUUCGGAACCUACAGGAACUGUUGCCCAUCUCCGAUACUGACAAAGCUCGACUCUCCUACCUACACAUCAUGUCACUGGCCUGCAUGUACACCAGAAAGUCUGUAUUCUUCGUUCAAGACGCUCUUCAAGACGAGACCAUGGACUUCAUGUCUUUUCACGAGCUCUCGGGGCUGAUGCACGAACUGUCCGGUUUCAUGCUACUCCUGACAAGCGACGGAAAACUUCUGUAUCUAUCAGACAACGUCGCAGACCACCUCGGGCAUUGCAUGGUGGACCUGGUUGCCCAGAGCGACAGUGUGUAUGAUAUCAUCAAUCCUAUGGACCACUACAUCAUGAGGAGCAACAUUGCAGGUCUACCAAUGACCACUACUGAUACAGACAGGUUAUUUCGAUGUCGCUUCAAUACUACAAAGUUCAUCCGGCGGCAAGGUGCGGGGAACAAGUUGAUGCUGGUCAGAGCUCGUUGCCUCACCUCACCUUGCCCUGUCUCUGCAUACUGGACCUCCAACCCAGUAUGGGUGUGUUUCUGCACCCCUCUGAAGACAAAAACGUCUAACCUCACAAUCGCCAAGAGUGCCCCCCUCACCCCACCCCCUGAGCACACCUUCCUGCUUGCUUGUUUCCACUCUCAACACAACAGGGACAUGAGGCUUUGGGACGCGCAGGACAGUGUGAGUGUGUACCUGGGCUAUAAUGUGGAAUCCCUACGCUCUCGCUCCUGGUACAGCCUGGUUCAUCCCAGGGACCUCUCCCAUGCCUCUGAACAGCACCAUAUCCUAUUAAAUGAAGGAGGGGAGCGGCAGGUGGAGAUGGUAUUGCAGGUGGAAACAGCAGACCACUCCUGGGUCUGGCUCUAUAUGGUCCUCCAGCGGAACAAUGGAGAACACCCCAUCAGCUGCCACAACUACAUCAUCAGUGAGUCAGAGGCGUGGUCAAUACGCCAGCAGCUGUGUUUGGAGCAGAACCAGUUCCCUGGGUAUUUGGGUUCUGGUCAGAGCCUGUCUAGUCCAGACCAGGUCUUCAGCAGCAGUGGCCUGUCUGCACAUUCUUUAGACUUCAGCACUGCCACGUCUGGUGUGAGAGCUUGUGAGGAGCCCAUGCAGCCAGUUGGUUAUGGUCCUCGGUCCAGCCUGUCAUCUCUGGAUGAGGAGAAUUUCCCCCAGACACAUGGAGGACAAUACCAGUGGAAACCAAAGUCCAGCCAUCUCUCUGUUGGGCCAACCACUGUGUACCCUCCUGCCUCACUGACUGACCCUGCGUCUGAUAUUCUGUCUCAGAGAAUAACCUCUCAAUCUCUAACCAAUAUUUCAGACCCCCUCCCCUCCUCCCUCACCGAGCCCCUUGCCCCUCUUACUAUGCCCCACCCUCAACAGAUGGGGGAGUUUGCAUGCACUCCCCCGUAUACCCCUCAUCUUGAAAGUGACAGUUUUCCUUUUGGGGAGCAACUGCAACUCAGUUUAGUUCACAUCAAUGCAGCUGUGUCCUGCCCAAUGGCCCAUGAAAUGAUUACCUCAGCACUCAGAGCACCAGCCUUCUCCCAGGCCUUCUCCUCUGAUCAUCCUGAGCUGUUGUUCCCAGCAGAGCCUCAUAGAAAGCUGCCCCCCACCACCAAUAGUUUUGGGGGAGAUGAAUGCUCCAUCAUGGGCCUGCCACAGAUUAUGGGGCCUUUGUAUGUGGAUGUUUCCCACAGGCCCUUCCGUGGCCCUCCGAAUGAGCUCCUCCUUACCCCAGAGACAUCACCCACACACUGCUCCUUCCUCUCCAUAGACAGAGAGCAGGAGAGAGAGAAUGAAGAAAUUUCUCUCUUGGCUAAAUAUAUUAGCUCUUUAGCUGAGGGAUUUUGCUGUGACCCGCUUCUACCCGGAGUGACCCCAUCCACCUUGACUUCACCCAGCCUUCAGGCCACAUCCCAGAGUUCCUCUCCUCCUUGUGGAGGUGAGUGCCAGCCCUGGAGGGGGCUAGACCCGCCCCUUAGCCGAGAGGAUAUCUCUCUGUAUGAGGAAAGUAUGUUACUUGAGAGCCUAAUUGAGGAGCUCUCAUCGUUCCCUUUGUCCCGCUCUUCAUGCUCCUCUUCUCCCUCUUCCUCCUCUUUUAACUCCUCCCCCCCUUGCUCGCCACUCACUCCAGUGAGAAGGUGUAACCCCAACCUCAUCGAAGGUGAAUCUUCAAUUGGUGUAAACCAUUUCUGUAGCGUCCAAUCAACGCAGUGUAACUGCAUGGCAGUGGGUGGAGCUAUGAUGGUCAUCAGGGUGAUGGAUAUGGAGGUGUCAGAGGAGCCUCCAUCGUCACUACCAUCAUCAGCCAUCGUUCUCACAGCCUUCCAGGAGGGUGCCUCUGCCUUGGUCCAUCCGGCCCCCACCAUUGGUUUGCCCGAUGCCCAGUCCUUUCUGGAGGAACUGGGUGACAUGGGACCUCUGUUUGAGGCAGAUGCUUCUUUCACCCCGUCUUGGGAUGGAAGCUUGCGUGACCCUGCGUUUUAA